AUGCUGCUUCACUCAGCAGGCGAGACCAGUACGAGCACACCUCCAGGAGCGACCACAAACCGGCGACCAUGGCUUGUGCGAGCACAAAGCUCCGAGAUUUUGUUCUUCAACACAGUACUGGAGACAUCACAGCAGCUUAGCCAACAGUCGUCCACCUCUGGCCAUUCGGAGAGCACCACCCUACGAGCAGAUCAGCUUUUGAAAAUCAGUGACACGCAUAUUGAAAUGGAAGGUACGCGGAAUGCAGUAGGAGAGGAGCGAUUGUGGGUGGUGUGUGCGCUGAGUUCCGUGCCGGCGAAAAGGGUUAUGGCGAUGCCUGGGAGCGGAUUGGAUUGGAUUGUGGAGCACGUAUCGGGCCAGGCCAGUGUCAUUGGCCAGGCCAGUGCUUUUGGGCAGACGAGUGAUGCUGGGCAGGCGAAGGUGGGCUGCUUGCUGCUUGGAUCAAGUGUCGUGUGCUCGUGGUGGAUGGAUCCGUGGACCGUUGGGGUGGUUACCAGAGACGACAGCGGGAUGCUGCUUUUUGUUAUUGAUUUUCCUGCUGCUGUCGCUGCCGCUGCCGAGGAUUGCGGCCGUUUGCCCUACUGCCAUGCAGACAGGGCGGUCGCCAGGCUGGGAGCAGUCGAGAGCAGCCAGGAGCCAGCUCUUGGACUGAGCGGCGCUUGCAUUGGAGCAGCGACCGGGCCGACGAUUGCUCGGGGCAACCACAUCGUGCAGGCAAUGGGCGGCGUGCUAAAAACAUGGCGGAUCGACAGGAGAGCCAACGGUGGCAAAGUCAGCGUGAUCAGAGACGAGGUCUGCUUGGCCGAGUCCAUCCUAGGCGGCCAGGACGUCAUUGACCUUCGGUGGACCGGUGACGGCGUAGGCCUCGGCGCCACGCGAUCGCGCGCGUUCUGGUUCAGUCUGCCUGCAACCGGCGGAAAAACAGCGUACAUUGUUCCUUGCGACUCGUAUGACCGGCUCUUGCCCGGCAUGGCAUCCUGGCGCUGGGGCGAGUCGGUCGUGGCCACUACGCCCUGUGAAAAAAGGGAGCUGCCUCCGCAGGGUGCGUUGCUGUGCUUGCCGUCUCCCACGGGAGUGUCUUUUUACUCGUCGGAGGGCCAACAGGCUGGGGUUGAGCCCGUGUAUACACAGAUGUUCUCGAAGGGCUGGGUGUGGCUGUGUGGGUCGGAGACUGCUUUUGUCACUUUGUCGCCAUGCAGGCAAAUGGCUACUGUGUGCCGCAUGCCGAUGGGCGAGCCUCUGUAUACGCUGCGGGUACAUGACAGAGCUGGUGGAAAACAGUUGAUCCAGGACGGGUGGAUGACGGGUGUUGGUGCCGGGUGUGCCAUUUCGACAGGCAGCGCUUUGUAUUUGGUCGGCUGGCAGAAGUCAAACUAA